AUUCCAAGACAAGAAGAAGAAGAAGAACCUGCUAGCCGUUGGAGGUGAAGUCGUUGCGGAAAGACAUGCUGGAGUUAGAUUAACGUGCGUGUUAGUGGCGGUUAAACAACUUUAUCCUGUAAAAUUUUUAUUCCCGUCACUUCGCUACGACCACAGGCUUCCGAUCGAGACUGCCGGAGUUGGGUUUUCUCGAAGCGGAGCUACGAAGAUCAACAGAGGAAGCAGCUAAGGAGCGAUGUCGUACUACUCGUCGUCCCGGAGCUCGUCUCGGGCCACCGACUGUAAAGUUUACGUCGGUGACCUUGGUAACGGCGCCGCCAAAGGGGAGCUGGAGCGGGCCUUCAGUUACUACGGGCCCCUGAGGACCGUGUGGGUGGCCAGGAACCCGCCCGGCUUUGCCUUCGUGGAGUUUGAGGAUCCCCGAGACGCAGAGGACGCGGUCAAAGGCAUGGACGGGAAGAUCCUUUGCGGCUCCCGUGUUCGUGUGGAGAUGUCCACCGGCCUGUCCAGGAAGGGCCGCGGGCGCCCCAGCCGCCGCCAGUUUGACCCCAACGACCGCUGCUACCAGUGCGGGGACCGGGGCCAUUACGCCUACGACUGCUACCGCUACAGCAAGAGAGGCCGGCGCAGCAGCAGGUCCCGGUCCAGAUCCCGGUCCCGCUCACGGUCCAGGUCCCGCGGACGGCGCUACCGCUCUCACUCCCGCAGCCGUAGCCGCAGCUACAGCCGGAGCCGCCGCAGAUCACCGUCAUACUCCAGACGCAGAAGCAGGUCUGGCUCCCCGGCCCGGUCCAAGUCCAGGACUCCAGUGAGAAGCCGCUCCAGGUCCCGCUCUCGGUCCGGUUCUGCCCCCAGGGGGCGCUCUGCAUCUCGCUCCCGCUCUCGAUCGCCGUCGGCCAACCACAAGCGGGCCAGCGUGUGGUGGGAGCUGAGCACUGCACAGACACCGCCGCUGAUCCCAGGCCCAGGGUCUGCCAGCUGGCGGUGUGCACAGCCUGCGGGAGGGUGACUUAAGCGCUGACCUGAGAUCAGCCUCCGCCGGCGUCUGACGUUAGACAGCGAGACAGAGGUCGACCUACCGACCGACCCCUCGCCCCUAGAGCCAGCCGGCCAGCCUUCAGAGCCGGGCUUUAAAAACCCGUUCCCCACCUACCAGAACCCCCCUACCUACCAGAGUUCUUCGCCUCGGUCUUAGCUUCUGAGCGUGAGACACAGAGCUGACGAGAGAUCAGACUUCAAGAGCGUCUCCGAGUUGUAGUCGUCCGUCCUUCAGUCCUUUGAUCCUUCGCUUCUCUGUACUUGUUGUUUCUGCCGCUGUCUCCAAAGGUAACCAACCCCCCACCCCCUGACUAAGCUCAUGUUGAUGGUGACAGAACAUGUUGAGCCGUUAAAAAGCGAGCAUGUGUGGCUGGAUGUGGGAGUGAGUGAGUGGACGUGUGAAUGUGUGUCAGGCUGACAGGCAGGAAGGAGGGCGUUAGCCGCCCGCCGCCACAGCUUCUCAUUCUGACAUGAAAUCUGUUAGUGCAGCUUAAAGGCGCCGCACGGUCGACCCAACUGCCCAGAUCAGCUCUCUGAUGCUGCUUUUACAUUAUCAAUGUGUCUAUGUUUUGAAAAUGUCGGAAAAAAAGAAAACAAUUUAACAGCUGCAGAAUGUAACUUUUAUCAAAUGUUUUUUACAUAUUUGUUUAAACUUUCACCAGGUUGUGACAGUUUAAUAUGACACAGAUAAUCUGUGAAAACAUCGGUCUCCUUCCUGAGCUAAUAGUGCUGCCUGAAGAAAUGCACCAAAAACAAAAAAAUCUGAGCCAGGAGGAGGGGCUUAGCGCUGUCAGUCAACUCAUGUCCUCGCUGCUAAAUGUGCUAAUGGCAAAGAAAACAACAGGAAAACCAUUUAUCCGCUGUCUUUAGUGAAACUCCUAAAGUGUGUUUAAAAGCUUCAGCAUUCACAACAGCUAUGCUAGCUGCAGUGCAGCAGAGAACAAGGGAGCUUUUAGCACCACACACAGGAUGAUUGACAGCGCUAAGACCCGCCUCCUGGCUUUGACUGGUUGUCUCUAGUUGGUACUGGGAGGAGACAAAGGAGAUUUCUUUUCUUUUUUUUUCCAGAUUAUUUGACAAACCAAACUGUCAUGACAUUGUGGCUGUCCUUUUUUUUUUUUGAUAAUAAAUGUUUUGCUGUCAUUAGGCCAGUCACAAUAACAAAUAUUUCUGGAUUAUAAAUUUUUCCAGAAGUUAUUGCGAUAAACAGUAAUAUUGUUGCUUUGAGACCAUUUUAAAUUGAUAAAAUUGUAAUUGCCAGGUCAUAAAUGUAAGUAAUAAUUUGUUCUUAAUAACUCACCUGGUUUAAAAAUAACUAAGACAUAAACAAAGAUCAAUAAACUUUAAAUUCUAAAGAACAUUUGACACUGGAACUGGAAGACAUUUUAAAUAUCCAAAAGUUUUUGUAAAGAAGAUUGUCCUUGAGAAUAAAGGCUUGUUGAGACCGAAACGCCAAACUGAAAACUUUUACAGUCUAGUUUUUGGUAGAAAGAGAAAAACGAGAAAUCAUUCAAAAGGAAAUUAUCAAGCUCAUUUUAAUUUGUAAUGCGAUUAUUUGAUUUAUUGAUUAUUGUGACAGGCUUACUUGUUAAUUGUAAAUCACAUACAAACCCUGAAGCGUCGCUGCGGCGGUGAAACGGCGUUAACCCGUCUGGACAGUUGGCUCGGCCGCGCCGGCUCUUUAAACUGACUUUAGUUCUGGUAGUUUUUGCAGUGCAGAGAAGCCGUACGUGUGUCUCCCCGUCUGCUGCUGCCGCAGGCUGACCCCGGUCCGUUUCUGUUUCAGUCGCUCCCGCUCAGCGAGUCCGGCCCGGAGCCCCACGCCUGCAGAAGACUGAACGACCAAGACUCACAGCCAGCAGCAGCUGUUUUCCUUUGGUUCUGGUAUCGGUCCGUGUCGUCUCUCUCAUUAUUUCCAGAUCUAUUUUUGUUUUUUUUUUACCGCCAGGACUGCCGUCUCCACAGCUCCACAUGGCCCAGGUUGUAUAAAUAGGAGUAGUUUUAACUGUUGCUGCUGUGUAAGCGAUCUGUAUUUUGAAAAGCGUAGCAGAGACGGGAUGCGACACCUCGUUUGACUUUUAGCUGUAAAACUCAGAUCUUCCAGCAGCAAAUGGCAGGAAUGGGCUGAGCAGAUGAAAUGAGCUGAAGUAUUAAAACAUCCUGAGUUUUUCUGUUGGUCUCCUCUUCACAGGGACACUUGUUGCUCUGCAUGCCUUUAGAUCUAAAGUCACGUUGUUUUCCUGCUUCCCCUUCAUGAAGCUACCUGAAUAAUGUGAUUCCCUCUGAGUUUGAUACAUUGCUCUGACCCGAUUUUAAAACACAAGCGAGGCUCAUGUUGGGGCAGCUGUUUGCUUUUCUUUCUGUUCUCAGCUUUAGAAGUGAAAGUGUGGCGGUUUUAUUUUGGAAUAAACCUCUUCAACACAU